CACAGCCACUCUACCGCUCAGGUCGCGGGCACACACACCUUCUCUGGGUUUGACAGGCAUGGCGUCCCUCUGGGAGAGCGGCACGAGCUGCACGGUAAGAACCAGGUCCGUGGAAAGAGUGGUCGCUCCCAUCGCCGCUCAGGUGUGCCGCCUGCUGGUGGGAGGCGGACGGGGGGGCAGGGGAGAGGCGCCGGCCCCGCUGGAGGAGGCAGCUGCAGCGGUGGCAGCAGCGAUGAGGAGGCUGGCUGCCGUGGCCUCUAGGUUGGCAGAAGAAUCAGAAGAUGACAUCCUAAGGAAAGAAAUGGGGACAGCAACAGAUUGUGUGCUAGCCUCUGGACAGAACCUACUACUGGCUGCCCAGAAACUCAACAUUCAGCCUACCUCACCAGACCACAGAGAGGAGCUGAUCAUCUCAGCUCAGAAUGUCUUACUUGGAACUUUAAAGAUUCUCUUAGUGGAGGAUGAUGCUGCUGUGAGGGAGAUAGUCACAGCAGCUCACUGGCUGUUGGACUGCCUCACGCAGCUUGAAUCGGCUCCGGAUAUACCAUCCUUGCUGAAGUCAUUCCGAGGCUUUUCAGAAGCUUUGCUUCUGUUAAACAACUUGGCAGAAAAGCGUCUCGAGGAACUGCGGGAUCCUGCUCAGCAGAGAAAUCUGGUUCGCUCCCUGGAAACCCUCAAGAAGUGCAUUUCCAUGUUGUACACAGCCAUGCACACCACCAUCAAACACCCCCAAAAUGAACAAGCACGCUCUGCUAAGAAGUACGUCCUCGAUCAAGCCGAUACGUCCAUAACAGAGUUAAUAUUGCUACUGAAAAGUAACUUCAGUGAAAACACUUCUGCCUCUCAAGGGUACUACACUGAGAAGCUGCAGGGGCUGCUUCAGCUAUUGUCCAGCUCUAGCUGUUCGUCAAUUAGGGGUAGUGACUUUGACAGCCUUUUGCGAGAUCUGGUGAUCUAUUGCAUGGUGGUGGCAAACACUUCCAGGAAAGAAAGGCAGCUUAUUGUGAUUAAAUAUUGCCAACGUGUCCUACACCACUGGUCAGAAAUAUCCAGGCAAGCAAAGCUUUUAGGUAAUUCUCCUGACUCCAAACAAACACAGCAAGAUAUUGAAGAUAACUGUGUCUCCAUGAAAAAUGAGUUACAGAACCUGGACAACAGUAUACUCACAGCCAUUCUGUAUCAAAGUGUGGAUGUUUUUACAGCUCCCAACACUCUUUUUGAGAAGCUUAUAAGUGUGGCCACAGAGUCUACAAAUGACUCGAUUGAGCUGGAUCACCUCCAGCCCCCUCUCACUGCCUUCCUCGCACAUGCUGAUCGUGUGAUCCAAGUUGCAGGUUUUAUUUCCGCUUGCUCUACUGGUACCAAGAACAUCGUGAACAUCGAGAGUUCAAGAACACGCUUAAAGCAGCUAAAGGACAGCAUUGUGCCAAGCCUAUUAGAAUUGGGUAAAACCUCUCUGUGCUCUGAAGCUCUGGGGAAGCUCCAGGAAUUAUACCGGCUGUGGGCAGAAGAAGUCGACCAGCUCCUGGGCUCUCUCACUGAUGUCAUCAACAUAAAGCAGCUUCUAGAUCUUUGCAUUCAAGAGCUGAUGACUGACAAGAGGGAAUGUGAAAAGGCCCAUACUAGCCAAAGUGCCAGUCAGUUUGAAGAGCACUCGGUCAGGCUCAUAGGGCGGAUGAACUAUGUGGUUAUAACCGCAAAAAGGCACGUGGACAAAAGUGACAACCCGGUUUUCCGAAACGGCCUUCUGGUCCUGAUAAAACAAGUGGAAAACUGUGCUUCACAUACAACGCUGGCUGUGCGUCACUGCCUAAAACACUGCUCGGAUGUGAAACCCUUCAGCUUGUUUUCAGAAAUCGUUCUGAAGUCAAUCAAGCAGAUCCACAUUCUGAGAGCUGGUCUGGAUGGAUUCAGCCAUCCACACCUCCUUAGCCCUUUACGAGAAGAAGCCCGCCAGCGCCCACUUGCCCAGCUCACUGAUGCUACUGAGCGAGCUGGAUUUUCAACCUGGGACAUUAAAAAUGAAAACACUGCCUUGCAGUGUCAGGACAAGUGUUCUGAAAAAGCCUUCAUCAAACCUAUGUUACAGGCGCAUACACACAGUAAUAAUCCCAGCAUACCAGUUUUCAGUGACAUAACAAAGUCUGACCAAAAUUGGCAGAAUGUGGACCUGUUACCAAACAUACGUGAUGUGCUCAGUGCAACAAAGGGAAAAGAUAUCUCUACUGUUAACAUGGCAUGCAAAGCUCUUCUUGAGCUUUCAAACUGUUAUCUACAGGCUGCAAAAGAGGCAUCCGCUAUUAUUGAAUCUGUGGACAUUCAAAAACUUGCAUCUCUUCAAUCAGACAUCAUCUCACUGACGCCUAUAAUUAUUAAAACUGCUCAAGAGGCAGCCAUAAACCCUGCACUGGAUACAGAGACAAUGUACAAGCGCGCAGCUGUAGCUUCUGACAGAAUGACUGAACUGAGACAGAUACUUCUGCCUGCUGCUGGAGGCUGGUAUCAUGCAGUCCAUGGCAUGUUGCAAAACCACUCACAAAAGAACAUCAGCAAAAGUAUGCAAGACAUCAACAAAAUAAUACAAUCCUGUUCUGAUGUUGUACAAUCAGCUAUCAUUUCUCCAACAUCAGACAUUGAUUGUGCAUUAAGAACUGCACCUCAUGAAAGCAUUGCUAUGCUAUACAGUAAGCUGAAGAAGGCACAGGCUAAUGCUAAACAUCUACUUGAAGUAGUUAGUGCUUUACCAGCAGGUUCUGACAGACUCGAGGGUCCCUGUAUCUUGUGGUCAUUGUCCAUCCAGGUUCUUUUAAACUCACUUGAUAAACUCUUAGGGGCUGAAACACUAAACGAUAAAGGGCAGUGUUUUGACCAUACAGUUACUCCACAGAAAAGACUUGUGAUCUUUUCGGAGAACUCGCUUCGAAUCCAGGAGGCUGCAAGAUUGUCCACCUUUAUCUGUAAAGACAACAAUAUUAACAAAAAGAUUGUGGACCUUCAAAAGGAGGUACAGGUCCUUACAGAAGUCUACCUUCAGUCAGCGGAUGGCCUUAGCAGAAUACCUCUGUCUAAUAUUAAUCGGUUUGCUCAAUCUGAACUUCUACAAAGAAAGCUUCAGAUUAAAAUGAAGAUGCUAUGUGCUCUCAUUGGCAUGAUUAACACAGAAUAUGAAGAGACAAUUAAAAACAUUCUCCAUUUAUCCAUUCUGGCUACCACAGGUAAUAAAGAUGAAAAGAUAUCAGCACAGAGGAACUUUGAAAGAGAAGCAGAACAGCUCUUACAAAAUAUCAAAGUUACCAGUCAAAACGUGCAGGAUUGCCUGAACUACAUUAGAGACCCCAGAGUCCGACUCAAUCUAAAAUUCAUUAAUGAGCACCUGUCUUUUGAAACAACAGAUAUUAUCAGCAGAGCAAGAGAGGUCAUUGAGACUCAGAAUUUCCAUGAAAUACCAAGUCUAGAAAUCCGAGUAACAGACUGGUCUGCAAAAGCAAAUUAUCUUGUGACAGAAAUUUACAAAGUAAAUGAAAUUCAUCAGGAGACAAAAAAUCGUAUAAGACUGCAUCUCCAAUGCAGAUCUUUAAUGGAAGCCCAUAAUGUAUCUGCUGAAAACUCUUUCGCCCAUAAUAGACAGAAAAAACCUGAAGGAAAUACUGUUUCUUCCUGGCAGACCAAAAAUCCAGUGAAUAGUGAUAAAGAAGACAUUCAUCGGCCUCCCAUCCAAAAACAUGAACCUGAGAAGGAUUCCAAUGCACCGAUCAGAGAAAUCAGGACCAGCAGCACAUCCGUUUCCCUUUCAGACACAGCCCUUUUCUUGAAGAAAGAAACAGACAAAUGGCAGGAUGAGAACAACAAGAUUGUCCAAGUUACCAAAGAGAUGGCAGCUCAGAUUUACUACAUGGUGCAAUACCUUAAAAAGAAAGGACCCAUCAAGACCAAAGAUGAGUUCAUCACAUCAGCCAAACGCAUUGCUGCUAAUGGCCAGUUGAUCUCUAAGUUUGUUCAGAUCAUUGCCGAUCACUGCCUCGACAGGCACUGCUCUGCAGAGCUGACACACACUGUGGAGCAGAUUCUCACCAUUUCCAACCAGCUUAACAUCAUCUCAAGUGUGAAAGCAGCGACUGAAGGAGACAGGACAUCUGAUGAGAUUCUGGUGAAGAAUUCUCAAAACCUCCUUCACACAGCUCUGCAAGGCAUGAAAGCAGCAGAAACAGCAUGCAUCAAGGGACUGAAACAACCCCCACCAAACACAGACGAAGCUGAGGCAGCAGCACUGUGCUUUCGGUGGAAACAAAAUCUUCAAAUUCACCGUGCCCGGCAGGCCUCGAACCCUGAAAUGGAUGAGCUGGGUCUUCGGAAAACAUCUUUAAAUAAUGCUGCACCCAGUCUGGCAGCACUAAUCAAAAUGCAAGAAUCCUUAUAGAUUCUAUAGAAAUCGGGCUUUAUGAUAGCAUUUCUGUUCUAAACCUUUUUCCUCCAAUCAUAACAUACAAUUUUAAAAGCAAUAGCAGUAGCUUGGAAAGUUUGAAAGCAAGGCAUUGCAGCAUUAUCUCUAGAGCAAAACAAAAUCAGAAUAAGUUUACUGUAUGGUCAAAUGGAGGUCUGUGAUUUUUCAGAUUCAGAGUAUAAACACAUUGGAUUGGUUUACAAUAUACUCAAUUAACAUGAUGGAAACUUUUUUACAAAUGUUGCUUUUUAUAUUAUGUCCUUCUGAAGAACGCCAAUGAUUUCCAACAUCUUCAUAUCAGAUUAUCUGCAGCCAUUGACAAGUUGUUAAAUUAGUCCCACUGCAAACACUGCAGUUUUAUCAAAUAAAAGCUGAUUUUUUUGCUUUGUUCGAAAAUCUUUAAUGUGAUUUUAAAAUUAUUUUCAGUAAAAAAUAAAAUGACUGUGCAAUGCUAAUUUUCACAUUUCUCUAUCUAUAUCCUUUUAUUGAAGACUCGAGUUAAAAUGUCCUAAAACCACAACUUUAUGACAUUUCUGUUCUUGUCAAAUAAUUUUAGAAUAGCAACAAAAAUAUCAAACUUAUCAGAAGUUAAUGACAAGUACAGUAUUUAUAUUACAAAAAAGCAAUAUACAAUGUGCCAUAUUACAUCAUAAAAAAAUCUGACUUCAUACAGAAACAUACAUUUACCUUAUACAGAUUUUCCAGCUGAAACAAGGAAAAAUACUUUGCAAAUUGCUUACUGUUCUAACAUUCUUCAUGGUCAUGUGCAAUAAAUAUGUAAAACAAAAGUGUCAUAUAACCAAUGUGUUGCAAAUCUGAUCUGUUAGUGCAGAAAAAUAAACAUGAUAAUUGUUGUUUAACACUA